AAAUGUAUUUUUAUGAGGAUUUUAGAGUAAAAAGGUUAUUAUUUACAUCUCCGUUAGAGUACAUAAAAAAACUCUACGAUGGAGAGCAAUGACGUAUGAUCCGCGAGUGAGUAAGUGAAACCAUACUAUAAGGUUCGCCUGAUUUGAUGUAUGAAGACAUAAAAGAUGAAUUUUACUUCUUAACUAUAAUUGUACAUUUUGUCUUUACUACUCAAAAUGCCAAGUUGCCUGGCAUAUGGAUGUUCGCAAACCACUGGGAGAGUAACUGCUAAAAAAAGUUUUUUCAUGAUCCCAAAGCCAGAGAAACUUCGCGCAGCACAAUGGUUGCAUAAUAUUGGUACUGGAUUGAAUGUAGAAACAUUUCCAUUUGGGAAAAAUAAAGUUGUAUGUGAAGACCACUUCCAUCCUGACUGCAUAAAAGAUGAUUUAAAAGGACGUCUAACGGGGAUACCAUCGAAACGGAAAGUAGAGCUACUUUGUGGAGCAGUUCCAACUAUUUUUAAACACAAAACUUACGAAUUUAUUAACAUGGAUGGCACUACCGUAUUAAAACGUGAUUCAUCUUUAAAAAGAAAAAUGCAGGAAGAAUGCCUACAUACCGUAAAGAAGUUACUUAGUGAAAACAAAGAAACCACACUUUCACAGACAUUACAUUUCAUAGUAAUGCACCCAAGCCGUAUAUUGUCUGUAUGCUGAAAAGCGUAGUUGUCUAAAAAGAAUAUAAUAUGUUUUGUUGUUGUGGAACCUAGGCCUUACAAAAUGUUGUAUAUAUAUUUUUAAAUAUUCUUUGACUCACAUUCA